GUGUAAACAACGUGAAGCUCUUUGCAGGACACCGCUUAGUCAAACCUCUAUUGACAAUAACACGUAAAAAACAAAGCUUUUAAGUUAACGGAAUAUGUUUUCAGCACUAGGAGGACUUCUGCUCGGUGUGCCAACUAUUAAAACCCCACUGAUUCACUGCUUGGUGGUGUUUAGAGGCUAGUUUCACUAACUCUUUCAGCCCAGUUUGCUAACUUAGAGUUAGUGUGUAGAGAUGGACUGCGUCGUGACAGGAGGAAACGUGAAAGUGCUGGCCAAAGCCAUCCAUUCUCUGUCCAGGAUCGGUGAUGAGCUCUAUGUGGAGCCUCAGGAGGAUGGGCUGGCCCUGCGGUCUGUGAACUCCUCUCGGUCGGCAUAUGCUUGCUUCCUGUUCGCACCACUCUUCUUCAGCAGGUACACCAUCCCCAGUGGGCACGCCUUCCGCUGCAAGAUGGCAAUAAAGAGCGUGCAGGCCGUGUUCAGGUCUCUAGCGACUAUGGAGAAGACGGUGGAAAAGUGUCACAUCGAGCUGGACGAGCAGAAAAACCGCCUCACCUUCACCCUUCACUGCAAACACGGUCUCAUGAAGACACAUAACCUGUCUUUCCAGGACAGUGAAAGCUUACAGGCUGUGUUUGAUAAAGACAGCUAUGCCAACGUAUUCAGAUCCCACCCGAGGCUGCUGGUGGACACAGUCGUCCUCUUCCCUCCGUCUCUGGAAGAAGUGACCGUGUCCGUGAGUGAUGAACGGAUGUGGUUCAGGAACCAUGUGGAGGAAGAAGCAGACCAGUCCAAGGCCAUGCUGACGGAGCUGUGUCUGGCUUCAGACGAGUUUGACCAUUUUGCCGUCCAGGCUCACAACAGCGUCACCUUUUGUCUAAAGGAGUUGCGGGGCUUGUUAGUGUUUGCAGAGUCCACUGGUCUCCCUAUUUCUAUGUACUUUGAUGAACCGGGCAGCCCUGUAGUGCUUUCAGUAACGGACAGUGUACUGGAGGGGAACUUUGUGCUGGCCACGCUUUCUGAUGACCCCAACCACCGUAAAACCAACACUAGACGAGCAAGCACACCGCCACCGCCGCCCCCUCCUGAUGACUUCAUGAAUGACGACAUAGACUGCUACCUCAUCGCCAUGGAUACCAGUAUUGCGCCAGGCCCCUCGGCUACAGGUCCGCCCACACCUCCAUUAGCUGAACCCAUAUGUUCAAAACAGACAGCCAAUCACAGGACAAGGCUACACAGUGAUGAGGAGGACGAGGAAGAUGAAACAGCCGAUUCAGCCAGACCGCCUAAUAAGAAGUUCUGUUCCUUGUUCUUUGGAUCGGUGCUUCCCCCGUCUUCUCAGAUGACCACUCAACCAGUGACGAGUCAGGAAGUGUUGGCCAGUGACAGUGAGGACGACACACAGUGAAGCAGAGUGACAGUUGGAUGAGAGGUGGACUUUUACUUUUGGACACCUUGAACCCUUAUUUCCCAUCUUCUCCUGCCUAUGCAGAGAUUUUUUUCUUUUUUACAUGGGCAAAAAUAUGCAAAGACAGUGCACAGCACAGAACAGGAUGGACACUGCUGAAUGUUUUAUUGGACUAUAAUGUUAAUGGAAAGUAUGGGAUUAUGUGAACCUGGACUUGAAGCACUUCCUGUUUAUUUUCAUUCAAAGUCUGUUCAGUUUGUGAAUCGAGAUGCAACAAAAAAGCUCCUCUAAAUAAAAGAAACCUAUUUUUCAAAGUA